UUAUUCUAUUCUAACCGAGAUGCUCUCCUUGACCCUCACCUUAAAUAAGAGGGUAAAAAGGCAAAGUAAUCCAUUUCCUCGCUUGAAUGGGCGAUGCCUACGAAUAGCGGGACCAGGCUACGAGGUGAAAAAUCACGUGAAAUUAACCACGCCGACCUAAGGCACCGACGCCUGCAAUCACAUCGCUGCCGCUUCCCGCAUUCCGCGAGCCUGGGAAGAAGCAGCUGCCGCUCUGCCGUGCAACGCGCGCGCGAACGGGCCGUCGAGGGUGCUUCUCCUCCCAUCUCUGAAAACGGGACGUAGGCACCGGGCUGCGGAGGUCGCGCCUUCCCAUCCACCGCGGCUCCAGCUCCCAAUGAGGAAAGAAGAGCGGAGCGGAGGGACGAUGCUUGCGCCGGAGGGGUGCCUUUAAGCCAAACUCGAGGUUUCCCCCCCCCCGGCGAUCUGCAAAGGCCGGAGCUCCCUCGCUUCCCUCAGGGCUACCGCGACUGAACCAAGGCUGCCGCCGCCACCAUGCUCCCCCCCUCCUUCAGCCUCCAGCCCCGUUCCCCUGCCUCCUGGUUCGGGGGGAACUGAACUGUCGUUGCACAGGAAGUAGCGGCUGCUGGGAGCACACACGGACACACACACACACACCAGAGGCACACUCGAACACACUCGCACAGGCAGAGGCAGCAGGUUCUGCCGCACUCUGGGCACAAGGCUUCAUCCCGGCGCCGCUACAACAGGAUUCCUUUACGCCCUUCUCGGAGCGGCGUCCCAGCCUCCGCAGAGGAGAGCAGAGGCUGGCGCCGAAGAAAAGUGUGGGCACGGCUGCUUAACGGGGGAAGGACGAAGGGGCGGCCGCGGGAUCGAGGCUCUGGGAGCCGAGCUGGGGAGCAGCCGCGGAGCAGAAGUUCUGGGGGCGGCGAGGACUGCAGGAUUGUUAUUCUGAGUGAAGGACCUUGCAAACGCUACUAAAGGGACUAUCAUGGGCAAACUUGCAUUUCUGAAGACCCAAUUUAUAGUUCACCUCCUGAUUGGAUUUGUCUUUGUUGUGAGUGGCUUGAUCAUUAACUUCAUCCAACUAUGCACGCUAAUUCUCUGGCCUAUAAACAAGCAGUUUUAUCGACGAGUAAACUGUCGCCUUUCCUAUUCAUUGUGGAGCCAGUUAGUGAUGUUGCUGGAAUGGUGGUCUGGAACGGAAUGCACUUUAUUCACAGACCAGGCCACGAUUGAUAAGUUUGGAAAAGAACACGUCAUCAUCAUUCUCAACCACAACUUUGAAAUAGAUUUUCUGUGUGGCUGGACCAUGACAGAACGGUUUGGUGUGUUAGGGAGUUCAAAAGUUCUUGCAAAGAAAGAACUAUUGUUUGUGCCCAUAAUUGGCUGGACAUGGUACUUCUUAGAGAUCGUUUUUUGCAAAAGAAAAUGGGAAGAAGAUAGAGACACUGUUAUGGAAGGGCUGAAACGUCUAGCCGAUUAUCCCGAGUAUAUGUGGUUUCUAUUAUACUGUGAAGGAACUCGAUUUACAGAAACUAAGCAUCGUAUCAGUAUGGAAGUGGCUGAAUCCAAAGGAUUGCCUAAACUCAAAUAUCACUUGUUGCCCAGAACCAAAGGUUUUACAACUGCUGUCCAAUGUCUCAGGGGAACAGUUUCAGCAGUGUAUGAUGUAACAUUAAACUUCAGAGAAAACAAAAACCCAUCCUUAUUAGGAAUUCUUUAUGGAAAGAAAUAUGAAGCAGAUAUGUGUGUCAGGAGGUUUCCUUUAGAAGAUAUCCCUUUGGAUGAAAAAGAAGCAGCAAAGUGGCUUCAUACACUUUAUCAGGAAAAGGAUGCCUUACAAGAGAAGUAUAAUCAAGAAGGCUUAUUUCCUGGGCAACAAUUUAAACCUCCCAGAAGACCAUGGACACUCCUCAACUUUCUCUUCUGGGCUGCUGUUCUUCUCUCUCCUCUUUUCAAAUUUGGCUUUGGAAUUUUUGCAAGUGGAUCCCCUCUUCUGAUUCUUGCAUUCCUCUGCUUUGUUGGGGCAGUAUCCUUUGGCGGCCGCAGACUGAUAGGAGUAACGGAAAUAGAAAAGGGCUCCAGCUAUGGCAACCAAGAAUUCAAGAAAAAGAAAUAAUUUUACAAAUGCAUUUUGACUUUAAAAGACAGUGGUAUCAAAUUAACUUCAUUGGAAAGAAAGAAACUUAGAAAACUUACCUUCUUUUCUUAUUAACUGCUAACUAACAAUACUUGAGCCAAGACUGAAGAAUUUGGAAGAUUCAAGAGACAUGGAAAAAGUUGACUACUUACCUGACCAAGGAUCUUUGUAUUUGUAGUUUUUGAGAAAAAUCUGGGCUAACCUCAUGGGUUGUUGUUGUUUUUUUAUGGCAGAUAGGAAGAUGAAUUAAGAGAGGGAAAUACAAGCAUCUUCAGAUAACUUUAUCUUUUAAGAGUGUCACACUGCUUUGCAAGAGAAAUUACGGAAUGUUUCUUCUUGCUACAGCAAACUACAAUGCCUAGUUUAUUUGCAAAUGUUUCUUGUGGAAGAUUUCACUUGGGGAAAAAAGCUGCAUCAUUCUUCCAGGCAUUUUACUUUAAAGGUAUUUUUAUUUUAAUAAUUAUUACCGUCCACAAAAACAGUGGUAUUUUGAUGAUAGCAUCAUCCAACAGAUAAAUGCAUACUUUCAACCAAAACUUCCUAAAACUUAAUGCAAUUCUAGUCUCUUUCAUUUUUGCACAUCUUUCUACUCAGUGUUGUCCUAAUUAAAACUGAAACCUGUUUGGCUAAAUUGCUUAUAUAGAUAUUGCUUUGCUUUGUCCUUUCUUUGAAAAAAAAAGUUACAUGACAAGCCAGUAAUUUAGAUCCGCAUAUCUCGGAGUGCUCAGUCUCUGGGUCUUGAGAGUUUCUUCAAAAAGUCUCUUCUGCUCAAACUCUUCUGCAUGGUGUGUUAUGAAACACAUGAAAAAAACCAGCAAGGCAGUAUGGAAAGAUCUUGCAUUGAGAACUAGGGGACAAGGUGGUACCUCUAGGACUCAAACCUGAUAUAUGCUUACUUGAAAAUAUUUUAAGCUGCAAUCAGAAGAGAUAUUUUCCAAGUAAACAUGUUGAUGGGGUAGGAUCUAAGAUGGCUGGUUAUCCAUAUAUGUUGCCAUGUAAACCAACAGUUGCUUUAAUACCUAAACAUUGGAGGUUGGGGUAUGGUUAUAUCUUUUUUUUUUACAAAUUUUCUGCCAUGCAAAUGUUACAAUAAUGGUUUUUUACUCUUCUGGCUUGGAAAUAUACAUAGAGGAGCUAAAUAGCUUUAUGUGGCAUCCAUAUCCAAUUCCAGUGCAUGGGCGGUGCCUCCAUUUAGAAAGCUAUGAGGCUGAAGUGGACUGCAUGCCAGCCAAAUUUAGACUUAUACGGCAGCUCUUUAAUGGAUUUUGAAUGUAAAUAGUUUACCACCAGGAAGAAACCUCAUAGAAUCUGCAAGCAGAUAUCUUUAAUCUAUAGCUGUGCUGACUGAUGUUUGCAAAUACUUAGAAAGGAAGUAUUCAUUUAUUAGCAUGUGGCCAUGGUUGUUCCUUGUUUUCAGUGCUGGAAAGAAAUUUGACAACAGCUCCAUCCAUCCAUAUAUAUAUAUACAGAAUCUGACUCAGCUUUAUAACUAAAAUUCUUCAUAAACUUAGACCCUUAUCUGAUUUAUAUUAUUUGAAUAAUUCUACUAAAUAAUUAUUUUUUCAUAGCCAAAGGUAAAUAUGUCAUAUUUUAUCUUCAAACACUAAAAACACACUUAAGGUUCUCUGUCUUUUAGAGCUCAUUUUAAGCGUUUUUAUAGUGUUUUGAUUUUGCAGCUUUGUAACUCAUCUCUAGCAGUGGAACUACUACAGCAAAGUUUGAUGCACAAUCAUUUAUUUUCUGCAUGAAUACAUGCAUCUUUAGAAUAUAACUUUUUGCUGCAUCAUUCCCCUUUGCGCUACCAGACCCAGAAUAAACAGUAAUCCUUCCUACAAAGAAUCAUAUUCACCUUGUCUCUAAGGACUGAGAACUCUUGAUUCACUGCAUUGUAAGCUGAAGAAGGUGAUUUUCGGGAAAGGGGCAGAAUCUACACAUGAUGUAUUAUUCACUCAAUAAAUAAUUCUGUUUAUGUUUGUUUUUAAAUCAUUAAGAAUUAUUCUGUUUUCUGACUAGGCAAAUGAUUUUUUUUAAAGCUUUGAUAAAUAAAUCUUGCUUGUUGGAAGUUUUUUCUCUUUGGCAGAUGGUAUAGAAUUGCUUUCUGGCAAAGAUGUUGAAAACACUUUAGCAAAAGACAAGUAGAAAGGCCUCAUGUUUUGUGUUGCUGUGCUGGAGUUCUGUGCUGAUAGAUUAAAAACCAGAUAUUUUGACAGAAAUAAAUGGGACAAGGGUGGGAUCAGAGGGAGGGUCAUUGAGAAUAUUGCUGCUAGGAAGAAUAAGCAGGGGUCCACUUUCUGCUUAGGGCAGAUGAUGGAAGGUAGUGCAUGCCUAUUAUGGGGAGGACAAACAUAUGUCACACUUGUGUUUUGUUUUCAUAUCCUAACAUACUGAUCAUACUUUGCUUUAAAACCAUAGUAAAUUUUGUUUGAAGUCUUGAAAAACACAUCCACUUUGACAACUAAAGUGUACAACACUGCACAAUGAUAGCUCAUCUUUUUGGUUUGUCUUUCAAACAAAAUAACAAAUAAGCAGAGUGUAUGUGAAAGAAUAUUUCUUAAAAUAGCAGUGUGUGGCAUAAAGAAUAUCAGUUUCUUUGGAUUGGAACAGUAAGAAUAGAUUUUAUACUUUCCACUAUUUUGUUCUUGUUUAAUAGAACAUAGCCUGUAUAUUUGACUAUCAAGCCCUUUGAGAGCAAUAAUAAACAAAAUAUAUCAUAA